GACCUCUCUCAAGCUUAAGCCUUUGCACGAUGAAUCACGGACGUCCUUUAGUUGUCAAUAAUGGCCGCAUGCCAAAUCUACCGCCUCCCCCACCUCCAACGACCCAUGUUCUCCUUCCUCACCAUCUUCAGAUCGUCCGACUCCUCACCCUCAUUUUCUAUGAGUAUAUCGACAGAAACUUGCCAUCAUCUUUCCUUCUACAUAUAUAUCGCGUUCUCUUGGUGGAAACUAUGGAGGUCCGACAACCUGCGACAUGGGAGCAACUUCUUGCAGCAGUGGAAGAGGGUCCCAAGGCGAAUACGGAAGAUUGCCGCAAACUAAUCGAGGACUUCAAAUCCACACAUACCUUAAUAACCUCUCCAAACAAACUCAGGACAUUCUUCCAAGAUAUUGCUCUCCUUGUUAUCAUUAGUGACGAGGAUGAUGAUAGCACCCCAUUCGCCCGACGGUCACUUUUUGGGUACUUCUGUCGGCGAUGUUUCCUCAGCUAUUUAAAGCUGUCACACGAAGCUUUGAAUCUUCUCUAUCGUGAUUAUCAAGACUGGAUAUCAGGGAAACUCAAUGAAACGACUCUGUACAUCAAGAAGGAUCUUCUGGAUUUAUCGUACAAUAUACAUCAAACCCGUUCUGACAAAAAAGAAUUCGCUCAAGCUGAUGAAUAUGCAGUGUUUGAGAAAGAAUUCGCUACUGGAGACGCGAAGAGUGCAUCCGACCGUCUCCGCGGUUUCUUUGAGCAAUACUUUCACGAAGGCACUGAUUCGGGACUGCGGCAUAUUGCUAUUUUGAAUCUCGCGCGAAUGCAUUAUUUGAACCAUGAAUAUCCAACGUGCCGCAAGUUAAUCAAAGAAGCAAUUUCAGUGGCAAGGAACUGCGGCGACAUGAUGUCCGUGCAGCACUGUUCAGCGUUAUUGCAUCGGCUUCCCGUCGAGGCUGGACAUAAGCCACCAAUCAAUGAAAUUCAAUUUUUCCUACACCCGCUCGAGCUGUUGUCUGAUGUCAAGAAACUCCUGCAAGUCUGUAACAAUCAACCGCUCUCAGCCUCGUUUGAAAAGAUCUCACAGGCCGUUUCCCUAUUUGAUACCUGGUAUGAUUUCCACCGCGGUUUCGUCACUGACUCCGAGCAGUGGGCGCAACACGCCGUGCAGAGCUCCGUCUGGGAUAGCGCUGGUUGUGCCAGGUUAGCGGACAUCGAAGAGACCGUUGUCUUGGCUUUCACUGACCCAGGAAGUGAUGAUAACAACCGCCUGACCGCCGCUGUCAACCGUGCUUACCGUAAUGCAAGGCAAGGCAAAUACAAAGAAGCAAUCGCGAUGUUGCUCCAUCCGGACAUAUUCACAGGCCUUACGUUGACGGAUUACAACACAUGGGCAGCCGAAAUAUGGCACAUCCUUGUCCUCCGCGCUAGCCGUCGGGGCCAAGAACGAAUGUUCCGUGAUUUCUUGAAACCGCGACAGCCAGGGAAACCCUUCGCCCCAAAGGAAUACUGGUUUGAUUCCCAGGGCAGUAUAGGCUCGGCAAUUCGAGACCCUCUCUAUGAAGUACUUUCUAUGAGGCAAUGUGACCAAGCCCAUCGGUUUGUAGAACCCCUGUUGCGGGCGCUCUGGCAUACAGAGUUCUUGCAAAGAUAUGGAACGUAUAGGGUGGCCCUUGUGAUGUUGGCAGACAUUGGUCUCGAAUAUGGCAUGACGAAGUGGUGUCGAAGAAUUAUAGACGAGAUCAUGCCACAAGUUAUCAACGGCGAUGACCUGGAACUGAGAGCUUGUGCCUCUGUUACCUUGGCCAGGUGCAUCCUGGCUUCGGAAGACCCGACAUCCGAGGUACUACGGCAAGCAUUGACCCACCUCCUAAGGGCCGAGGAAGACUACAUCGAAAUCGACCUUCUCCGGUCGGUGCAAGACGUGCGAUUCCUCCUUUCUGUAGUGUACCAUAAUCUCGGCAUGGAAAAGGAGCGUGAUGAGGCCGCAGCCCGGUGUCAUGCUACUCAAGAAGAGAGGAGACGUCUAGAUACGGUGGUCGCAGAAGAUUGGAUGUCAGAUGUGUGGGAGAUAGUGACCAAGGUUGGUGCUGCCCUAGCGGCGAGGUAGCGUUGGGCAUGGGACACCAGCCACUCUUCUUUGUAGCAUACGACUUUUUAGCUUUAUUAUUUUCGCUUUGCAUUGUGGAUGUAUAUGACAGUUUUAUUGUUGUACAAUAGUCCGUUAAGAUAUGCGGACGCCGAUAAUACAUUAUCAAAGCUAAGCUUGAGUGGGGGAGAUGCUACACCAGGAUAAAUAUACAGAGAGUCCGACAUUAUGCUUCUUAUAUUUCGUCCUAAUGCGUCAAUGGUCAUAACGUCGUUAUAAUCGUUCCAACCCAUGCACUUAGUCUUGCGAGUCUGGUGGAACUUUGGUGUAGCCAGAGGGAGCCCUCAUAAAUUGCAAUACGCCAGGGC